GAACGCACCUUUUGUCGGAGCAUACAGUCAUUGACUUACCCACAGGUGUGGUAGCUUUCCAGAUGGACACCUGUGAUCCAAAAGUUUCAGCCAUUGCUGUAGCAUCUGGGGGUCACAUUUAUGUUUACAAGAAUAUGCGUCCAUUUUAUAAGUUUACUUUGCCAACCUUGAACAUUGAACCAGCUGAGUUAGAGGUUUGGAAUCAAGCUAAGGAGGACAAGAUUGAUAUGUCAAGUAUGAAAGAAGUCUUGGAAAGCAUUAGAACUGAAGUAGGUGAAUCCAACCUAAGCAGCAGGUCACAGAGAUUCCUCAUGUUGGAACCAGAAGAAUUAGAAGAAUUUGUUCAUGUACACAAACAGUUUCCACUCAAACGACAAACUGUGGUGACUUGUCUUAGUACUAUGAAGAAGUCCAUGGCUGAAGAUGAUGCAGUCAGCUGUCUUGUUUUGGGUACAGAAAACAAGGAUGUUUAUGUACUGGAACCUGAUGCUUUUACCAUCCUUGCUGCUAUGACAGUUCCUAGUGUUCCCGCAUUUCUAAAUGUGACUGGUUUGUUUGAUGUAGAAUACAGAAUCAUUGUUGCCUGCCGAGAUGGAAUACUUUAUACUCUCAAAAGAGGCUUCAAAACAGGACGUCUCUGUGUAGAGCUCUUAUCUCAACCAGUGGGUUUACUGAGAGUCAAGAACACUGUUGUUGUGGGCUGUAUGGAUCAAACACUGAGCUGUUUCUCUAUGAAGGGAAGAAAUUUGUGGACCAUCAAGCUAGAAUCUAGUAUUGUUGCUAUGGAAACAAUAGAUAUUACUUACCUAGGAAUUCAGCUGAUCGUUAUUGCACUGAGUAAUGGACUUAUACAACUUUAUCAAGACAAAUACUUGGUUGAUGUAGUGCCAGCAGAGGACGUAGUAACAGGAAUCAAAUUUGGCCGCUAUGGCAGAGAAGAGAACACUCUUAUUAUGACCACUCGAGGUGGUGGGCUGAUAAUAAAGAUUCUAAAGCGAACAGCAAAGUUUGACCCUAAAAACCUUACUCCAGGGCCACCCGCAGCUCAACACAUGAAGCUCAGUGUUCCUAAGAAAACUAAGUUGUUUGUAGAUCAAACCAUGCAUGAAAGAGAAAAUGCAGUGAGAAUGCAUAGAAGUUUCCAGCAUGACUUGUACCGUCUGCGACUCAACACAGCUAGAUCUUAUGUUAAAGUUCUUACAUCAAGUUUAACUCCUGUUUCUACUGGAGGGAGUGACCCUCUGAAGCUUUCAGCUCAAAUCCAAGGAUUAGGACCUGUCUUUCGUUUGCGAUUAGAAAUUCAAAACACCUCCACUGACAAACCCUCUACAAAUUUGUUCUUUACAUUUCAUUGUGAUGUUCGCAUCUACAGGGUAGACAAAACUUUUAUUCCGAUUCCAUUUCUUGCUCCUGGUUUACUAUAUUCAUCUGCAACCAAGGUAGAAUGUGUUAGUGAACUGGGAAUUUCUGAUGUAAUCAAGGUCUUUGUCCUCAGAGAAAAUGAGGGGGUACCACUCAUCACAGCAAUUAUCAACAUGCCCAUUAGUGAGGGAAUGAUGUCAUCAUACUAACUAUCAUUAGAUUUGGUUGAAAAUUGCAUCAAAAGAUAUUUUGUAAUUUAUUUGAAAUUUAUGUUUUAAUCCACUUUGUAACAUAGAAGACAGUGACCAAAAUUUUCCUUUUUGUCACUUAAUUCUAAACUUCCUGUUUAAUUCUUGAAAGUCCACCUUAACAGAAUGCAUUUUAUCUAAACUUUUAUUUGGGUUUACUGCAUAGUAAAUGAUCUGGCUCAAGAUAAAAUAACUCAAGUAUUUGUUUGCAGAAAUAUUUUUGUUUUUAAAGUAGUUUUUUAAUUACUAUUUGCACAAACACAAAUUUUGAGAAUAUAAUUCAAUAUGUACAGUUCUGCUAUUACAGGUAUUUUAGAGUGAUUACAUACAAUAUUUUUUUUGUUUUUAAAAUAUAGAAAACUUAUUUUUCUUAGU